AUGGUGUCGAAAACGGCAAUUACCGUUGGUGUUGCAGUGGCAUUGUUGGGUGUAAUUUGUGCAGCUAAAGCACUUAGACUCCCCUACUAUGAUCUCGAGGUAGCCGGAUCGGGGAAGCACGAAGAGUGGAAGCACGGUGGUGGCAAAGAUCACCAUUCGGACGAUCAUUCGUCCAAGGGUGAGAAGGGUGAGAAGGGCUACAAGGGAUCUCACGGAUAUGAAAAGGGCGAGAAGGGUCAUCAUGACAAGGAAGGCCACAAAGGACAGUACGGUGAGGAAGAGGGAUACAAGAAGAAGCACUACGAUGACGGAGGAUAUCAUCAUGAAAGUGAUAAGGGUGAGAAGGGCGAGAAGGGCCAUAAGUAUGAAGAGAAGGGCAGCUUCAGCAAGGGUCACUCCACAAAGGGCAAGCACGAAAUCCACAAAGUCGAUGAAUUCAAGAAGGACAAGAAGUUCUACGAUGAAGAUCACGAUGAAGGAUUCGAAGAGAAACACGGAGAUUUCCAUGAGGAUCAUGGCUACAAGAAGGGAGGUUCCCACAAGAAGGGCCACCACCACUCUGGCCACCAUCACGAUGAGUACGGAAAGAAGGGCAGCCACAAGAAGGGACACCACCACCAUGACCAUUCCGGACACAAGGGUGAGAAGGGACACGAUGAUCAUCAUUCCCACAAGUCAGAAUAUGGCAAAAAGGGAGGCAGCGAUCAUCACAAGAAGUUCGGACACAGCAAGGGCCACAAACACUAA